GGGCCAAGGCCGGGCCUCGACCGGCAAUCAAGGGGAUAGAGUAGGGCUAGGGCCAAGGCUAGCCCGACCAGGCCCAUCCCUAGAUACACCACUAUAUAUCUCCCUUACUCCCUUGCUGUUCUCAAAUACUGCAAUUACAAUUUCUAUGGCCUCAGCUGGCAAGGAAGUGAAGUUGAUUGGGAGCUGGCCAAGCCCCUUUAGCCUAAGAAUUGAGCUUGCCCUGAAGCUCAAAGGCAUAAGCUAUGACUACAUAGAUGAAGACUUAACCAACAAGAGCCCUCUUCUACUCAAAUCCAACCCGAUCAAUAAAAGAAUCCCUGUUCUCUUACACAACGGAAACCCGAUUCCUGAAUCUUUCAUUGUCCUCGAGUAUAUUUCUGAAACUUGGCCUGAAUCUCCAAAUUUACUGCCCCAAAAUCCUUACGACAAAGCUCGCGUUAGAUUUUGGGUAGAUUAUUUUGAGAAAAAGGUAACAGAGAAUUGUAGAGCCAUCCUUGCAACAGAGGACAAAGAGAUGGAGAGGACAGUUGCAAUGAUUAGAGAGAAUUUGAAGGUAUUUGAAGAUGGCCUUUUAAGGGAUUAUGGAGGAGAAAAUCCAUUUUUCAAUGGUGAAAACAACCCUGGUCUUUUGGGCCUAGUUGUUGGUUCUUUCUCAACCUGGUACAAAGUCAUGGGAGAGAUUGCUGGAGCAAAGCUUAUAGAGGAAGAGAAGACACCUGCUUUUAGCUCAUGGCUCUCUGCUGUCUGCAAUGUUGAGGUAGUGAGAGAGAAACAGUUGGAAUAUGGCAAGGUUCUAGCAGUUGCAAAAAGGAUGAGAGACAUAAACCUUGCAGCGAAACAUGGGGCAUAAGGGCAUGAGCUGCUAAUUUGCUUGGUGUGUAAAAUAAUGGUUAGCAUCUAUCUGCACAAUAAAAAUAAGCAAACUUCAGCUCCAUGCUCAUUUGCAGGUAUGUGUGAAAGGAAAGUAUGUAUUAUCUACACAAUAAAAAUAAGCAACUUCAGCUCCAUGCUCGUUUGCUGGAAUGUGUGAAAGGAAAGUAUAUAUUAUCUACGAGGUUAAUAUGAGUGUAUAGUAUAAUAGUAUGUAUGGGUAAAUCUCUG